AUGCGACUUCUAACUAUCAUCUUCGUGCUCUCAACAACGCUACCUCCUGCUGCUACGGAUCAAACCACAGAAAGAUCACUAGGCACACUCGUGGGAUGCCCAACUGCUCGCACAUCAAAUUCACCGUGCUUGUGGGCUGGAGAGAAUGGCCGAAUUAUCGACUCACGAGCCCUGCGCGAGCUUUUAAUCGAGCGAAACUACGUGCCUCCGAGCGACAAAGAAUCAUAUAGGCGUAACCUGCAGGAGCACAUGACGUAUAUUGAAGAUAUCAACAUGUAUGCAAAACAGGUCGGCCACAAAUUUUCGUACCACAUGGGUGUGAAUGAGCGCCACUUGAGCUCGUUUCCUGCUCGCAAGCUGACACCUGUUCAGUUUGUAGACCAAGAAAUUGGUUCCGCGUAUUCUCGCCAUUUACAGGAAACAAACCGUACCGUGAAUAACACUACAAACUUGAGCUCAGGAAGCUCCGUUUACUGGAAUUGGUGUGACAAGAACAACUCGAUGGGUCACAGCGUGUGUUCUCCUGUGAAGAGUCAAAAGAGUUGCGGAAGUUGCUGGUCGUUCGUUGCCGCAGAUGCGAUCGAAACUGCUGUCGUGAUUGCGGAGAAUGCAUCGGCAGCUGUGUCCUUAUCCCCUCAGCAAUUUCUUACAUGUAGCACGUUACGAACAACUGAAACUUUCGAGUACUGCUGGGUACCCGAUGUUGGGGUGGAUGGAGUCAACUGGAUGCAGAAUGAAAUUAUCUGGGAAUCUCAAAACGACGGAUGUAAUGGCGGUAUGACUCAUGGCGCUUUCAUCGAUGCAGCUCAGAAUGGUUGGGGAUUGGUAACCGAGCUUACGAUGCCAUAUGAUGACUCGGGCACUGAGUACUUGUCGGCAACUAAUUCGUCUGCAGUAUGCUCUGUUAGUGCAGCGGAUGCAGCAGCGAGUAUCACUGGCUUUGAACAGGUUGUGGGGAUUGAUUGUACUGUUUCGAAGGACUGCGCCGUAUUACUACGCUCCGCUUUAGAAAGACAGCCAAUUGCCGUUGCUAUCACCUCAAAUGGUGGCUUUGGUGAGUAUGCGGGCGGAUUUUAUAAUUGCCCCAACAACGGAGACAUGGCCUCGAAAAAUGACUUAAACCAUGCUCUACUGUUGGUUGGAUAUGGCACGGACUCUACAGUGGGGGAUUAUUGGAUUUUGAAGAAUUCAUAUGGAAGUUCAUGGGGCGAUAGUGGCUUCAUGAGGCUUAUAGCGGAUUCAAAGAUCAAUUGCGGCUUAAACGUCUUUCCUGUGAUUCCCACCGGAGCGAAGGCCGGUGCUCAAGCGAGCACUUCUGUUGAUAGUGGUGGCGCCAAAAUUUUUGUGGGCCUCACUCCUGCAAGUUGGAUUGCGGUGGCUGCCGCUACGACCAUUUUCACGGUGGUCACGACUGCAAUUGGAAUUCUGGUGUCGCAGCGAAAGCUCAAAGUGAUUCGCAAGCAAAAUUCGGCCAUAUAUGCAGCUUCAAAUCCCACGGGGCGUUAA